AUGAAUAGUAAGACUGAAUCGAAGUCUACCAAAAUGGGUAUUUCUCGUGAUUCUCGUCACAAAAGAGCUGCUACCGGUGCUAAACGUGCUCAAUUCAGAAAGAAGAGAAAGUUUGAAUUAGGCCGUCAAGCUGCCAACACCAAGAUCGGUGCUAAGAGAAUUCACACUGUUAGAACCAGAGGUGGUAACAAGAAGUUCAGAGCUUUGAGAAUUGAAACUGGUAACUUCUCUUGGGCUUCCGAAGGUGUUGCUAGAAAGACCAGAAUCACUGGUGUCGUCUACCACCCAUCUAACAAUGAAUUGGUCAGAACCAACACUUUGACCAAGGCUGCUAUUGUCCAAAUCGAUGCUACUCCAUUCAGACAAUGGUACGAAGCUCACUACGGUCAAACUUUGGGUAAGAAGAAGAACUCCAAGACUGAAGAAGAAACCGCUGUCAACUCCAAGAACACUGAAAGAAAGUGGGCUGCCAGAGCUGCUAACGCCAAGAUCGAACACGCUGUCGAAGCUCAAUUCGGUGCUGGUAGAUUGUACGCUGCUAUCUCUUCCAGACCAGGUCAAUCCGGUAGAUGUGAUGGUUACAUCUUGGAAGGUGAAGAAUUGGCCUUCUACUUGAGAAGAUUGACUGCUAAGAAAUAA